UUGUGUUGCUAGUACACUGUGGAAACUUUUAACAUUUAAAAUGUGUUUGUAACGUGAGAAGCGCUCUCUUUUCGUUGUAUUUAGAUGGCUUGUGUGUAUCUCUCAGCCUGUAGAGAGUUGAGAAUGCUGGUUUCGCAGUUGGGGUUGAGUUUGAAAUCAGCAGGAACUACAGCCUGUAUCUCCAAAAAUACCAACGGUACCGUAAUGUGAAAAUCGAUUGCAGCUAAGAUUAAAAGCAAAAAUUAAGCUAAAUUAAGAUUUAGCAACGGAACAAUAUUGUACCAUUUGGUGUUCGAUACUUGCAAUCCAUUAUAAUCAAAAUCGACAUGUUGCACUUGCAUGUCGUUAUAAUUGAUUGAUCGGAAAUUAAUGUAUAUUGAAAUAUAACCCUUUCUCUGCAACCACAGGGGACUGGUUCACAAGAACUGUCUGGGUAACUUUUGGUUACUGGUUUAUGUGAUUCUUACUACCUGAUGGGAAAAGGUUGAAUUUCCAGACCGAAAACGUGUAUAUUAUACCCAUAAAGGCUUUAGAUACUGUUUGAUGAAAAAGUCAUUCGAUUACGUUAAUUCCAGUCAGCAGAUCCGGAGGCUCUUGGGUCAGUAUCCCAGAAUGUGCCGAAGUGAGCAGUCCAUUUUGCUUUACUCCACAAUAUUACAGUUUUCUUGCUGCAUUCAUUUCAAGGCUAUGGAGUUUUCACUGAACCCACCCGAGUACUGCAUCCUGAAAAUGUCACGUGUAAAAGGGAGUAACUUGUGAUUGACUAGACAUGGUAAUGUGGGUGCAUUCUGAGAUGGUCCCUGCAGCCAUAUUUUAAUUCAAAUUGUUACUGUCAGGAUUUUUAUCUGUCUAAAUAAUAGUACAGUAUUUAGGCAUGAUUUUGUUGUGAAAGUGUCAAAUAUUAUCUGUAAUUCUCCAUGUGGUUGAUAUCCCAGCCCCAGUCAACCCCAACACCUAAUGGACCUCAGUUCGAUCACAUCAUUGAAGUUGGGCAACAUUUUAAAAAGUACUUCAUUCUUUUGUAGUCACGAUGUGACAUAGCAAGGUCCUUUCCUCUUAUGGGAACUAGCCGUUACCAAACCCAUGGUAGACAUGCUUUCAGUUUUAAUAAUAGAAUAUUUUCAAAUUGUCUCAUGAGAGAGGGAAUUCUUUUUUAGAUUUGUGUUUUGCAGGCGACACUGGCAGCUAUGAUGGCGCACGGGUUUAAAAGCAGUAAACAGGAUUUCACAUUUGGACCAUGGCAGGUAACAGCUGUGAAAACGCACAUCAUGAAAUCUAAAGAUAUUGAACGUUUAGCUGAAGAAAUGCACAUGCCUUCCCUUCCUGAGAUGCUGUUCGGAGACAAUGUGCUGCGGAUACAGCACUCGGACAGCUUUGGGAUCCAGUUCAAUGCUAUAGAUGCACUGAAGUGUGUGAAUAACUUGCAGGAUUCAGUGAAGGUGGCCUGUGCACAGGAGUGGCAGGAAACUAGAGCAGACUCGGAGCAUUCUAAAGAAGUUGUGAAACGUUACGACUGGACGUACACUACAGACUACAAAGGCACAUUGCUGGGGGAUAAUUUGAAGUUCAAGGUCACUGCAACAGAUGAUCGCAUUGAUAUGGAGAAACUAAAAGCCAGAGAACAGAUUAUGUUCUUCGAAGAUGUUUUAUUGUUUGAAGAUGAGCUGCAUGAUCACGGGGUCUCCAUGGUUAGCGUAAAAAUUAGAGUCAUGCCCACCAGUUUCUUUGUGUUGAUGAGAUUCUUUUUGCGAGUUGACGGAGUGCUUAUUCGGACGAACGACACAAGACUCUACCAUGAGACAGGCACAAAUUACAUGCUGCGUGAGUUCAGUACUCGAGAAAGCAAGAUUGCAGACCUCCAGAACAUCCCCCCUGCGUUUUACACAGAUCCCAAUGAGAUUCAACAGUACCUUCCUAUAAAGCUGCUGCAGUGUGAAAAACUGGAAUUCCCAGACAAGGAGUCGGAAUCAGAAAUGACAGAACCUGAGCGAACGUGAACGGGGCAGACAAGCGCAUGCUGAGGAAUCACACUUGUACUCUUGUUUUUGAUGAUAACUGAAGUGGACCUGUUGUGAGAGAAAUCCAGGCGUCUUGACUUGACAGCCAGAAUUUAGGGGGAAAGUGUUUGUAUUUGUACUGCAUAUACAGAAUAUAAUGGGAGGGAUCCACACUUUAAUUUAGGCAAGGCAGUUCAAGACCAGCACUAACCUGACAAACCGGACGUAUAAUUUAAUAAUGCAUGUAAAGGUUAACAUGAUUUAUUAAUCUGGGUUUAUAGAUAUAUUUUUUAAAGUGUAAUGUAAAUUUGCUUCGUGAAUACACCACAAUGAAUCCCUGUUGAUAAUCACUUUAAACUUUAAAUGCAUAUUAACAAAGGUUAAUUAUCCACAGUACCUUGUUCACUGCCUCUCUAGUUAAACUUUUCAUUUCUAUCACCAUAUGUUAACAUUUUCAUCCCUUAAGUCACAAUGGGGUGGAUUUCACAGUGAAGGGAGUGUAUUUAAUAGCAAUUAAAAGUUCGUCAAGAUGAAGGCAGCAGUGAAAAUGGUAUGGCAGCUAUAACGUUGAGCUGCUACAGCUGAAAAGUCAAAUUUCCAUGUCCAUUUUAAAGUUGCCUUUCUUUAUGGUCGGAUCUCUGAUGCUGCUAGCAACACCGUUGAGAUUACUUUUGCAGAAUCUCCUGUUCUAACCCAAUAACUUUCUGAAUCAGCCUCCAAAACAGGAAUCUGUCCGUGCAGUUUGCCAGGGUGCACAUUGGUAGCAAACCCAAACUUAGUGAAAACAUGGUAAAUUAAUAGUACAGUGAAAGCGUGCUACAAUGUGCACAUGUGUAAUUGCAUAUGGGAUACUGCAUUGUUAAGGUUGUUUUCUGAAAUGGAGCAAGUUAAAUACCUUUAGAAAGUCAGAGUAUUGUGUUAAUAUAUUCCGAGCAUCUCAGAGAGCUAAUAAAAAUGCCUUGUGGCACUAAUCAUUAUUGAUUAGGGCUUGUUCUUUAAAGAAAUUAUCACAGAAUUUUUUUCUAAAAUUAAAUUUAAAAAGUAAUGAACUAGAAGGACCCCUGAUGUGUAACUAUUACAGUACUAGUGAUUUUAAUAUAUAUAAAUGUGCAGACUGUUCACCAUUUAACUGAUGAUUACGUGUUUCUCUGAUUGUAAAUUUGGCUGUGUUAACUUUAUCGUGGAACUUUACAAUCACAAAUACCAGAGAAUGAGAAUGCUGCCUCUUUCUACGUGCUUUUUUUUAACAUGAUGUUUUUUUUCAUAUCCAUGUAUUUCUGUAUUGUUGGCAGUCUUGAUGUUUAUAUAGCUGCACUGCUUUCCUUUCAAACAAACAACUGGCUGUGAUUCUAAAGUUAUAAAUAAACAUGCCUUAAAGAGUAAGUGCA